UUUUAUUUUGUUGUUUGUUUGUUUUCCUAUGAAACCCUUUUGGAACCAAGAAGAGUCCUGCUGAAGGUGAAAAAAAGAUGAAGCUAAAAGCCAAUCUCUCCUUUGAUGGUAAUGAUGAAGAUCAUGAUGAUGAAAAUAAGGAGAAAAAGAGGAAGAAAAAUAGGAAGAAGAGUUCUUUUGAUGGUGGGUUUGGGGUUAAUUUAAAGGAAAAUCUGGGUAGUGGAUGUUUAGGUGUUAAUUUUGGGGAAAACAAAAAAAAGAGUAGCAAAAAAUGUAGAGAUGAUGAUGUGGAAAAGAGGGUGGAAGGUGAGAAUAAUUUAGGUGUGGAAGUGGGUAAUAUUAUUGGUAGUAAUUUGGAGGAAAAUGGAUGGGUAUCAUCGGUUGAUGAUGGGGUUGGAGAUGGAGAGGGAAAGGAGAAGAAACAGGAGGAUUCGAGAAGUUUUUCGAGGCCAAUUGGGCUUUUCUGUGACGAGAAGAGCGUGGAAGAAAAGAGGAACUGCAGCAGUGUUGGCGAGAAAAUGGAGUCCGGUAUCAGAAGUCAGGAUAAUGUUCCGGGUGAUUCGGUGGUUUCGAUGAACACUGCACUAGAUAAGUUUGUUUAUAAGGGCAGUAAAGUUGCAAGCAGUGCUUCCUGUUGGCAAAUUCGUCGGCCUUGUGCUGAAAAAAUCAUGAAACGGAGGGAUGAGAAAUUGGAGAGGGAACAGGGUCAUUUGAAGAAUGGGACAGAAAUGGUUGGGAUUGCAUCAGGGAAGAGAAAAAGCGGUGAAAAAGUUGGUCGAAAGAAAGCGAACAAAGAAAUUCGAGUUGUGUCUCCUUACUUUGUCAAGUCUGUGGAUAAGGAAGUAGUGUUGUUGGGGAAGGAGAAGAAUUUGGAAAAUGAAUCUGGAAAUAACGGUGGGAUUGCAUCAAGGAAAAGAAAAAGUUGCGAAGAGGGUGGUCGGAAGAAAGCAAAAAAGGAAGUUCGAGUUGUUUCUCCUUACUUUCUCAAGUCUGCAGAUAGGGAAGCAGUGGCACAGGGGGAGGAGAAGAAUUUGGUAAGUGGAAAUGGUGAGAUUUUAGGUGUUAAUUUUGGGGAAAAGAAAAAAGAGAGGAGACAAAAAUGCAGGGCUAAUGCUGUGGAAAAGAGGGUGGAAGGUGAGCAUAAUUUAGGUGUGAAAGUAGGCAAUAUUAUUGGUAGUACUUUGGAGAAAAAUGGUUGGGAUUCAUUGGUUGAUGGUAGGGUUGGAGAUGGAGAGGGGAAGGAGAUGAAACAGGAGUAUUUGAGUAAUUGUUUGAGGCCAAUUGGGUUUUUUUGUGAUGAGAAGAGACUGGAAGAAAAGAGGAAUUGCAGCAGUAUUGCCGAGACAAUGGAGUCUGGUAUCAGAAGUGAGGUUACUGUUCCAGGUAAGUCGAUGAACAAAGCACUAGAUAAUUUAUUGUCACAGUUUGCUUAUAAGGGCAGUAAAGUUGAAAGAAAUGCUUCACGUGGGCAAAUUCGCCAGCCUUGUUUUGAGAAGAUCAUGAAACAAGGGGAUGAGAGUUUGAAGAAUGAGAAAGAAAUUGUUGGGAUUGCAUCACAGAAGAGAAAAAGUAAUGAAAAGGGUGGCCAAAAGGAAGAGAGCAAAGAAAUUCGAGUUGUUUCUCCUUACUUUGUCAAGUCUGUGGAUAAGUCUAUGGGUGAGGAAGUAGUGGCACAGGGGGAGGAGAAGAAUUUGGAAAAUGGAUCGGGAAAUAAUGGUGGUAUUGGACCAAAGAAAAGAAAAAGUUGCCAAGAGGUUGGUCGGAAGAAAGCAAAAAAAGAAGUAGUGGCACGGCUGGGGGAGAAGAAUUUGGUAAAUAGAAAUGGUGAGAUUGCAUCUGGGGUGGGAAAACGUGGUGUAAAGGGUCAAAAGAAAGCAAGGAAAGAAAUUCGAGUUGUUUCUCCUUACUUUUUUAAGUCUACAGAUAAUGGAGAGGUGGCAAAGGGGGAAGAUGCAGUGGAAGUCAUAGUUCUGCCAAAACGAAGUAAACGUGAUAAAAAGCGUACUUUUUCUCAUGCCCAGAAACGAGAUGAGGCUUACCAACGAAAGACUUUGGAAAACUCAUGGAAGCCACCACGAUCCCCUUUCAAUCUACUCCAGGAAAAUCAUGCUCAUGAUCCUUGGAGGGUAUUGGUUAUUUGUAUACUUCUCAAUUGCACAACAGGUUUACAGGUUAGAAGAGUCAUAGAUGAGCUUUUCACCCUGUGUCCAACUGCUCAAAGUGCAAGCCAUAUUUCUGCGGAGGACAUAGAAAAGAUUAUACAACCUUUAGGCUUGCAUAGGAAGAGGGCAGUGAUGAUUAAGCGUUUCUCUGCGGAAUAUCUUGGAGAAAGUUGGACUCAUGUGACACAACUGCAUGGUAUAGGAAAGUAUGCAGCUGAUGCAUAUGCCAUAUUCUGCACAGGAAGGUGGGAUCGCGUCACACCAUCAGACCACAAGCUAAAUGAGUACUGGGAUUUCCUUCGGGCAGGUUGUGCGACAUAAAACUUAAGCAAAAAGAUGUCGCAUUUUUGUGCAUUCUAACUUGAAAAGAUAGGAAUCUCGCUGUAUCGUUUUGGUUUCCUCAUUUCUCUCUUUCUGCCAGGUUGAUCUUGAUAGUGAAGCAUAGCAGUUUAGGCUUCCAAAGUAUGGUUUCAUUCCAUCUUGUAUAUGAAAACGUUGGUUUUGGUUUUGGAUAAUCCAGUUUCUAAGUAAUGAUGUGUUCCCCUUUCUCUAGAUUAGCUAGACUUGUAUACACAUGGUAUGGGUGUCUGGCCUUGGGGCACCAGAGUGUUCCUAAUGGUUAGGGUCACUGGUUGACCAUAUGAUGAUUUGCAGGAAAUUUCUUGCAUAGAACUGGUCUGUGUUACUCAAAGGUCCAAGUGCUAGCACGUUAAGCUUCCGAAUAGGAGUUUUAGAAAAGGUGAAAGCAAGCGUGAUCUAUAAAAGUAGACACAGGUCUAUGCCAGAAAUGCUGCUUCUAGUAUUAUCAUUAACCCUUGAUGAUUUUUGGGGCCUGAUUGAUCAGUAUCAAGACUUUUGCUUCCAUUAUGGUC